GAGGUUCUCUUUAAAUCGCUUUUCAAAAUGAAAUCCUCCUGUAGGAGCCUUACAGAAAUUCACCGGUGGAUAGAUGAAGUAAAGCGCUUCCUGUCGGUGACUCUCGCCAUCGCUAAUGCUCACACAGUCGAGUUUUACACACACGACGUGUGGAAGCGGUUCAUUGCUGUGACGCCGCAAGAGGUCCUGGCAGCAGUCAGUUCCGGUAGCGAACAGGAGGGGGAGCCAGAACACAAACAAAAGGAGCAUUCCAGGACCACAUUUGGGUUUUGCAUUCAUUCAAACCGGCUGGUCGACAUCCAUGAGCUGCUAGUGGCGGCCAAGGCCCAAUCCCUGCCUGGCCUGGGAGUGUGUGUGAGCAGGGAUGAGCUGCUGCAGAGCCUGAGAGGCAGCGAGUCGGAGUGUGCAGAAAUCGCAGAUAAACUGGAGCCAGACGAGUUUAUGAACUCAAAGAAAUCCCACGAAGUCCAGUGCAUGUCUAAGGUGGUGGCUUGUUUGGCCCAGCAUUGCGGAGUCAAACAGGUGAUAGACGUGGGGUCGGGGAAGGGCUACCUGAGCUCCUUCCUGUCGCUGCAGUACGGCCUCCAGGUGUUCGGCAUCGACUCCUCCAGCAUUAACACGCAUGGUGCUCAGGAGAGGAACAGGAAGCUCAAGAAGUUCUCACGAGCGUACCAGAAACACUCGAAAGCAGCACGGACCCCAGCGGAGGCCCAGUCCUCGCCUCAAACGGAGACGGUGGAAAGGAAACCUGGGCCGAAUCGGGACAGGGACGCUUUGGCGGGAAGUGGCUCUCAGCAGGAUGUGGGGGCGUCGGUCGACGCUCCGGCUGCAGAAACUCAGUCGGCGCUCGGCCCAGAAGCAGGGGAGCUCUUUCUGAGCGCUCUGUCGGCGGACGUGAUUCAGCCUCCGUCCCCCAGAGUUCCUCCAAGUCAGCUCAGCGCGGAGGAGAGGGAGAGGAGGAAGAGAGAGAACCUGGAGAAGAAAGCUCGGAGCAGAGGAGAGGGCGCCGGCGGCGUGUUUUCGCCGCUCACGUCUUACGUCACGUCAGAAACUGAGCUGCGGGAUCUCAUCACUGAGCUGGAGGAAGCCGUCAUGGUCGGCCUGCACACGUGUGGCGACUUGGCUGCGAGCACGCUGAGGAUGUUUGUGGCGAAGCCGGAGCUGUCGGCCGUCUGCGGCGUGGGCUGCUGCUAUCACCUGCUGUCUGAGGAGUUUAACCCGGACGGACAGGAGGAACCGUUGCAGACUGCGUGUGGUUUCCCCCUGAGUCAGUACCUCCGCGAUCAGUCCUGCUUCUGCGGCAGGAACGCCAGGAUGUCAGCAUGCUUGGCACUGGAGCGAGUCUCACUUGGCCAGGGUAUCCAGAUGGAGUCUUUGUUCUACCGUGCAGUGCUUCACGUUAUUCUGAGGGACCACUACAGCUCCUACAAAAGCGAGAAGCGGGUCGGGAAUGUUUAUUCCAAAGCAAAAUCAUUUGUGGACUACGUUCGGCGAGCUCUGCACCGAUUGGAGCUGGAUGACUCAAAGCUUUGUGACAGUGACAUUCAGAGCUACCAUGACACGUACGAAGCACGGAUGGACGAGAUGCACGCCUUUAACAUGUUGAAGGUGACCCUUGCUCCGUGCAUCGAGGGUCUGAUUCUGCUGGAUCGUCUUUGCUACCUGAAAGAACAGGAGGAUGUGUCCUUCUCUGCAUUGGUUCAGCUGUUCGACCCCCUGCUGUCUCCAAGAUGCUACGCCGUCGUCGGACUUAAAAGUCAUUCUACGAAGCUAAGAAGCUGAGACACUUAUACACAAGCACCUGGAGAUGAUACACUUGGAUUGUAUUUACAUAUGACUGUCGGCAUAUUUGUCUUGAAAACGACUAUUGAAGUGCAUUAUGACCUCAACUUUAAUUAGAUGCUUUGAUUUUCUGAUGGGCCACAUAAAUGAAACAUUUGCAGUUCUCCAUUACUUGGAAAUACUCAGAAAACUUGGAAGAUCUGUGAGGCCUGUGUGAUUCGAAUGAUGCAUUUUGCAGCCUUUUGUCACUGGACUCUUAAGAAAACUUGUUUUUAAGGACCCUUCAGGGAAUUGGGGGUAUUUUGGGAUUUGAGUGAACUUUGGGCACAUCUGGAAAACGCAUUUCUAGUUAAGGUUGAGAAAUAAGUUGAGCGAGGCAGAAUGCGACUGGUACAUCUUUGAGCCAUUGGAAUCAUUUUGUUGAGAUUGUAUGUGGUAUGCCAACUCAUAUUAGCACACCAUAGUGAAGUAAAAGGAAAAUAUUUCAUGUUUUUUUUAUACUAAUAAAAAUUAUGAAAAUGUAAUAAUUUAGAUGUUGUAUUUCAUACUAGACUCCACUUGUGUGUAGCUUAAUUUCGACAUAAAUGCAGCUGUGCUGUGGAGGACUCAGAUGUUUGCCGAGGGAACAAAGCAAACGUGUGAAAGAAGGACCUUCAAUCAGAUGAGACCAAAAUGAUAUUCUCUCAACAAAAUAUUGUGGCGGCAGCAUUAUGCUUCGGGGAUUCUUUUCUGCUAAGGGAAAAUUGAAGCAGAUCAAAUCUGAUUGGGAGACGUAUAGAGAAAACUAAAGGGUGGUUGUGAAAAGAAACCUUCGCGGAGGAUAAAGGCUCGAAUGGAACGGCUUAGAUCGAAGCAUAUUCGUGUGUUUUAAAAGUCUAGUCAAACCCUGAGACUAAAUCUAAUUAAUAUUUUCCAUAGACCUGAAAGUGUAUGCUUCUAUAUGCUCUUCACUUAAUCUGAAUCAAAUAAAUUUUUUUUUAUCCAGAAAGCAUUAAUUCUUACAAAAAUAAGAAAAAGUGGAGAUCCUGAACUAAUGAAGCCUGAAACUGUUCGAUCUGCUAGAUUCAGAUUGAUAUUAACCAUUUCCUCCUUUCGCACACCUCGGUCUGUCACUGCAGCUACAGCAGCCGGCACAUCUGCAGCCCAUUCACAGGGUUCUACGCCCCACAGCCUUUUU